AUGGCUGCUAAAUCAGAAGGUGAUUGUUGUAGUAUUUGUUUGGGGGAGUAUAAAGAUUCCAGAAUUCUACCAUGUCAGCAUGUUUUUUGUCGUCAGUGUUUAAGUGAUUACGUGGCAGAGAAACAGAAAAUCAACUGUCCCAACUGUAUGACUGAAGUAGAAAUUCCACCAGGGGGAGUAGCAGAUCUGCCGACGAAGGAAGAUGAAGAACCUCUCCAAGAAUUAACAGAACCAGAAGUUUGUAAUGUAUGUGACAAGGGCAAUCAAGCUGUUUUUCAAUGCUUUGAGUGUGAUAAAUACAUGUGUGAUGUUUGCAAGAAAUGUCAUGAUGUGUUUUCAUCACAACAUCAAGUUCAUAAACUCAAAACUUCAGACUCAAAGUCGUUCUGUGAAAAUCACCCGGAUUCUGUACUUGAAUUCUACUGUAAAACUUGUAAAUGUUUGAUUUGUCAACAAUGUUUAGAUGAUGACCAU